GCCGGCGGCCCCGGGGGCGAGGCGAGCUCCGGGUCUAUUCCGGAGCGGCGUGGAGGGGCGGGCGGGGGUGCCGGGCGGGCAUCCUGUCUGGGGGAGGGGACGCACGGAGGGCGCUCCCCGCGGGCGGACUGGAGAGUGCAGCCCGCCCCCCGCCGCCAGCCCCGCCGGAGCCACCGCAACCCGCGCCGACCGCCCCGGCUGCGAUCAUCGGCGCCAUGGACCGAGGCCGGGUGCUGGAGCAGCUGCUCCCCGAGCUCACGGGACUGCUCAGCCUCCUGGACCACGAGUAUCUCAGCGACACCACCCUGGAGAAGAAGAUGGCCGUGGCCUCCAUCCUGCAGAGCCUGCAGCCUCUCCCAGAAAAAGAAGUCUCCUAUCUGUAUGUGAACACAGCCGACCUCCACUCCGGGCCCAGCUUCGUGGAGUCCCUUUUUGAAGAAUUUGACUGUGACCUGAGCGAACUUCGGGAUAUGCCGGAGGACGAUGGGGAGCCCGGCAAAGGAGCCAGCCCUGAGCCAGCCAAGAGCCCGUCUCUGAAACAUGCAGCAGACCUGCCUCCACCGCUCCCAAACAGGCCUCCGCCUGAGGACUACUAUGAGGAGGCCCUUCCCCUGGGGCCAGGCAAGUCCCCUGAGUACAUCAGCUCUCACAAUGGCUGCAGCCCAGCCCACUCCAUUGUGGAUGGCUACUACGAGGACGCAGACAGCAGCUACCCCUCGACCAGGAUGAACGGAGAAAUGAAGAGCUCCUACAACGACUCUGACGCAAUGAGCAGCUCCUACGAGUCCUACGAUGAGGAGGAGGAGGAAGGGAAGGGGCUGCAGCCCACGCACCAGUGGCCCUCCGAGGAGGCCUCCAUGCACCUGGUGAGGGACUGCAGGAUAUGUGCCUUCCUGCUGCGGAAGAAGCGCUUUGGGCAGUGGGCCAAGCAGCUGACCGUCAUCAAGGAGGACCAGCUCCUGUGUUAUAAAAGCUCGAAGGACCGGCAGCCACAUCUGAGGCUGGCACUGGAUGCCUGCAAUGUCAUCUACGUGCCCAAGGACAGCCGGCACAAGAGGCAUGAGCUGCGCUUCUCCCAGGGGGCUACGGAGAUCUUGGUGCUAGCACUGCAGAGCCGGGAGCAGGCCGAGGAGUGGCUGAAGGUCAUCCGAGAGGUGAGCAAGCCCAUCACAGGGGCCGAGGGGGCAGACAUGCCCAGAUCCCCAGUCCUCCUGUGCAAACUGGACCUGGACAAGAGGUUAUCCCAAGAGAAGCAGACCUCAGACUCCGACAGCCUGGGCAUGAGCGAUAACUGUUCCACCCUUGGCCGCAGAGAGGCCUGCGAACAUGCAACAGGCAAAGGGAAGAAGAGCAGCCUGGCAGAGCUGAAGGGUUCGAUGAGCAGGGCUGCAGGCCGCAAGAUCACCCGCAUCAUCAGCUUCUCCAAGAGGAAGGCGCUGGCCGAUGACCUGCCGAUGUCCUCCACCGAAGAGGCGGUUCCGUGCUGUGGCUACCUGAACGUGAUGGUGAACCACGGCUGGAAGGAACGCUGGUGCCGCCUGAAGUGCAACACUCUGUAUUUCCACAAGGACCGCGCAGACCUCCGGACCCACGUGAAUGCCAUUGCCCUCGGGGGCUGUGAGGUGGCCCCGGGCUUUGGGCCCAGACACCCAUUUGCCUUCAGGAUCCUGCGCAACCGGCAGGAGGUGGCCAUCCUGGAGGCAAGCUGCUCAGAGGACAUGGGCCGCUGGCUGGGGCUGCUGCUGGUGGAGAUGGGCUCCAAAGUCACCCCCGAGGCCCUGCACUACGACUACGUGGACGUGGAGACCUUGACCAGCAUCGUCAGCGCCGGGCGCAACUCCUUCCUAUAUGCGAGAUCCUGCCAGGAUCAGUGGCCUGAGCCCCGUGUCUACGACGAUGUCCCUUACGAAAAGACGCAGGAUGAGGAGCCUGAACGUCCCCCUGGUGCCCACGUGAAACGCCACGCCUCCUCCUGCAGUGAGAAGUCCCAUCGAGUGGAUCCGCAGGUCAAAGUCAAGCGCCAUGCCUCCAGUGCCAAUCAAUACAAGUACGGUAAGAACCGAGCUGAGGAGGAUGCCCGGAGGUACCUGGUAGAAAAAGAGAAGCUGGAGAAAGAAAAAGAGACAAUCCGGACAGAGCUGAUGGCACUGCGGCAAGAAAAGAGGGCGCUAAAGGAUGCCAUUCGGAACGAUCCAGGAGCAAAGUUAAAGGUUCUUCAGGAGGCCGUGGCCACACUGGAAGCUCAGUGUCGGGCGAAGGAAGAGCACCGGAUCGACCUGGAACUGAAGCUGGUGGCUGUGAAGGAGCGCUUACAGAGGUCUCUGGCAGGGGGCCCAGCCCUGGGACUCUCCAUAGGCAGCAAGAACAAGAGUGCGGAAACUGCAAAUAAACCCCAGAACAAUCCUCCAGAGCAACCUCUCCCUGUCAACUGUGUUUCUGAGCUGAGGAAGAGGAGCCCAUCCAUCGUAACCUCCAACCAAGGACGGGUGCUGCAGAAAGCCAAGGAAUGGGAAAUGAAGAAGACCUAGGAAGAGAAUGAGAAUUUUAUCCAAAGGAAAUAUCAGCUUGUCCAUCUAAGGCGGAAAUGCUUUUUUCACAAGGAGCUACCAGAAGACUGAAAGUAGCCCCCACUCUCUGGGGCACCCAAAAGACCAGCCUUUAUUGUCUGCAUGAUCAAAAGGGGUAUAGGGAGGGAAGAAGUAGAAGGGAAGAGGGAAACGAAGGGCAUCCCUAUAUAACUUUACAGAGGGUGGGAAAUGGGGGUGGAGGGAGACAGACAUCUGCCCAGUUGUAAAGGUUUUGUUAAAUGUCUUUGCCUUCCCUUCUGAAGAAAUGAAAGCACGUGUGAAUAAGCCAUUCCAUCCCACUCUCAGCAUCCCAUUCCCAGUCCCUAGGGCAAAGGAAGGCAGUGCUCAAGUAUCAGUGAUGCAAUAGAGAGAGGUGACUUGAUCAUCCAAUCACAUUUGUGUUGGGCAUUAUUGACAGCCUUUGGGCAAGGUAAAUAGGCUGAAAAAUCAAUAAAACUAUCCCUGCCUGCAUAAAGGUGCACAAAAGCUAUAGAGAACACGCAAAUUCUACAAUCAUUCCUCAUCUGCUUUAGGCAGAUGCAGUGACCAGAACUCCAGAUUUGAGUUGUUUCAAAUCAGAGAUCUAAGUAAGCAGCAGGCAAGGAGAGGUUCAGUUGCUGACCUAUGCUAAGCUCUGAGUAAAUGCUCAGUGACAGGAGCAUGGAUUGCCAAUGUCCACAAGAAGUUUUGAGCUUUGUAGGGUGGGGUCAUUUGCUGUCAAUCAAGUCCUUUCCCUAUUUUAUAUGACGCUCUGGCUCCAGGAGUUAUGGUUAGAAAUGCAGGAGACACUCUUAACAUGUUUACCCUCAUCUUGCACUCAAGAGGCCCACCUGUCUGCUCUUCCGUAUCUGCCAUCAAGUAAAACUGUCAGGGAGAACCAAGAGGACAGUGGCCCAUUUCUGCCACAUGAGUGCCUUUUACAAGCACUUGAUAUUUUUAUAGAGGAGCAGGGACCUCAAGUCCUGGGCAGUCUCCUUGCUGUGCCACUAACGACUUUCUCAACACUGUGGGCAUUUUAUAAGUUUAACUACAUUUCCCUCCAAUAAAGAUAAAACCAUUGAGCUGUA